AGGAUGUCUUUGUGUCAAUCAUCCUUUCAGAGGUAUUAGUCAUGAUUCUUUGUCAACAGGAAGAGUCUUCGUCUGAUGUUCGUGAACUCCAGAUAUCGUCCAGGUUUCAGCCCUCCUUUGAAUCCACAUGACUCGAGUCUUUGUCUAUGGCACCCUGAAGAAGGGGCAGCCCAACCACUACCGCAUGUUUGAGAGUACCAACGGCAAGGCAGAGUUCCUCGCCUCGGCCCGCACCACCCAGAAAUACCCGUUAGUCAUUGCUGGUACACACAACCUCCCUUUCCUCCUCAACAUCCCCGGCAAAGGUCACAGUGUCAGAGGGGAGAUCUACAGAGUGGACGACAAGAUGCUGAAGUUCCUGGAUGAGUUUGAAACGGUUCCCAGCAUGUAUCAGCGGACUGAGGUCGAAGUGGAGGUGGAGGAGUGGGUUGAGGAGACGAAGAAAGAGGAGAAGCCGAGAGCAGGAAGCAUCAUUAAGGCGUUUGUGUACAGCACGACGACGUACCAGCCAGACUGGCCCUCGCUGCCCACCUACGAGAGCUACGAUGCGUGUGGAAAUCACGGGCUCAAGUAUGAGGCCAAAGGGUCGGGACUGACAUAGCUCUCUGGAAUAAGAAGGCUGUGUGUGUCACGGCACGAAACGGAGGACAAAGGUUGCCAUGGAGGCUGCCUGUGCUCUCGGCUGUUUUACAGUUUGCCAGUAUGUUUAUUUCCACAAUAUAAUAUCCCCUUUCUCUUAAAAGUACUGUUUUAUUCUUGUAAAAUUACAACUUUAAUCUUGUAAUAAUACCACUUUAUUGUUUCUGACUUUUCUCUCAUAAUAGUCUAUCUAAGACUCAAAAAAAAAAGAAAAUCCUCAAUGUAGCCCCAGAACUCUGUCCUACAGUUCCUGCAUUAAGUACUGUAUCUAAAAACAAAACAAAAACAAAGCCUUGUAAUGCGUUUCAGGUAAUUACUAACAGCAGGGUGAACAGUACCUUUACACUAGGGUGAACAAAAUGUAUGCCACACCUAAACAGGUUUGUCAGCUGUGUACAUAUGAUAAUAAGGAGAGAUAUUUCAGUCUGCAGUCGCACCAAACAACACAGUUGAAGACCAUUUCGCCGGCGUAAAGUAGGGCCCCUUUCCUAAUUUCUACCGCCCUGCUUUCAGCACUUUAGCUGAGAUUACCCAUCUUCAAACUUGACCUUCAUUUUGAUCUCGGCUACCUAUACACCUGUGAAUUUUCAUGACUGCUUGAGUGCAACGUCAUCGUGUUGACAAAAUCCCAAAACACCAGGCAUAAUACUAAAAACAGCUUCUGUGGUAGUUCCUGUUACAAAUGCAACAACCACAGGAGCCACAAAAUCACAAUUUGUCAUAUUGACACAAAACGGUUAUUGCAAUAUUGUGGUGGUAAAAUGGUUGCCAAAUCCAGAACCGGUCGUCAUCUGUUUAUCGUAAUUCAUAACAAAGAAUGGAAAAGAUAACUGGAAACAUGUUGAAUUAGUUUCAGUCUGUAAUCGUACCAAAGACUACAUGGAUCCUCGAAUUACACUUUGACUUUGAUCUCAACUACACACCUGGAAAGUUUUGUCACUGCAUCUUGCAGAGCUGUCGCUUUGACAAAACCUGUUCACAUCCAGAUUCAUUAACACCUGGCAAACACUCAAAUAAAGAAGAGAAGGACGUACAGGAAGAAGUAUUAACAUAUAUUUCUUUACUUUAGUAAACGUACUUAUAUCACCCUGUAAAAAUACUGUUAAAAGUAAAACUCCUGCACUGAAAAUCUUACUCAAGUAAAGUAAGUAUAACCAGGAAUAUGAAGUAUAAGAAGUUUAAGUACCAAAUGUAGAAAAAUAUUUACAAAAAAAAAAACUACACCCCCAAAAAACUGUAUUUAAAAAAAAGACAAAAGAAUUGAAAGAGACUUAAAUGUUUGUCAAAAUCGUUGGUUUUGAUUUUCUGUGAAUCAGCUGUUUGAUUGAUCAACUAUAAUCUGCGCAUUUGUACUCGAAUAAACUGGUAAUCGUGGCAGUUUGGCGAUUUGAGCUGGUGUUCUGUGGUUUAGAUUCAUUUGUUUCUGUCAUUAAGUCUUUUCAUUUUUUCUCCUGUGGAUUUCAUAAUGUAUGCGUUUUCUACUUAUUGUAAAAGUUAAGAGAAAAAAACAACUAAUAAAAAUAUUUUCAAAAAAACAACUUA